AUGCGACGUACUUCUGUCUCUGUCCCAUCGAAGAGUACAUCACACGACCCUCACGAGAAGUUUGCAAGAUAUAGUAAUUCGGGCGCAAACGAAAGCGCCGCUUCCAAACUGGAGAAAUCAAAGAACGCUAGAAUGACCCAAAGUCAGCGGUCCAGAUACUUGAAGACAGGAGGAAUCCUGCUCUUCGUAGUCUUCCUGUUCUAUUAUCUGUCUCCAAGCGGUACGCAGGUACCAAGCACUGUUGGAGGUGCUGUCGAAGGUGCUGUCGAUACAGUUAAGAGUGGUGGUAAUGAUGGACAAUCUCCAUCUGAUUCGACUUAUGGGACAACGAAGUGCUCGAAAUCCUACAGCAAGUCGAAGCCGAUUGUUCAAUAUGCCAUCAUGAUUGAUGCUGGAAGUACCGGAUCUCGAGUUCACGUAUACAAAUUUAAUAACUGCGGCCCUACACCAGAGUUGGAGUCUGAGGAGUUCAAAAUGACUGAGAAGAAAGAGGGCGGCUCCGGAUUGAGUUCUUAUGGAUCUGAUGCUGAAGGUGCUGCAAAGAGUCUCGAUAUGCUUAUGGAUGUUGCAGUGAAAACUGUCCCUGAUGCACUUAAGUCUUGUACUCCUGUGGCUGUCAAAGCUACUGCUGGUUUAAGAAAACUUGGUCCGGAAUUGAGCAACAAUAUCCUCAAGGCUGUUCGUACCAGAUUGGAGACUGUCUAUCCUUUCGCGGUUGUAUCCGACGAAAAGGGUGGAGUCCAAGUUAUGGAUGGUACUGAUGAGGGUGUCUACGCUUGGAUCACAACCAACUUCUUACUCGGUAACAUUGGAGGCCCAGCUCCUGGAGAUACUGCAGCAGUUUUCGAUCUUGGUGGAGGUUCGACCCAAGUUGUCUUUGAGCCAAAGUUCAAACUACCCGAGAAGAUGGCUGAAGGUGACCAUAAAUACAAACUUACAUUUGGCGGAAGAGAUUUCGAGCUAUACCAGCAUUCUCACUUGGGAUAUGGUCUAAUGGCAGCCCGUGAAACAAUUCACAAGACUCUCAUCGAUGACAUUCAUGCAGCCAAUCCUUCAGACCUCUCCUGGACCGCAUCGCCAAUCAUCAAUCCUUGUAUUGCGCCAGGCAUGAACCGUUCAGUUGAUAUUGCAUUUGACGAGAAACACCCUCUUCGUGCUAAGUUGGGCGAGAAGAAUGAAUUUGUCAUGAAGGGUCCUUCUUCCCCAUCACCAGCUCAAUGCCGCAAACUCGCAGAAAAGAUGUUGGUUAAAGAAGCCGAAUGUAAAGUUGCACCUUGCUCCUUCAAUGGUGUUCAUCAACCUUCUCUAGAAAAGACCUUUCAACAUGAGGAUGUGUACACCUUCUCAUACUUCUUCGACCGUACCGAUCCCCUUGGAAUGCCAGAAUCCUUCACUUUACGAGAGAUGCACGAUCUUACCAGCCAAGUUUGUGGCGGCGAGUCUCACUGGGAUAUGUUUACUAGCAUCCCUGAUGCCAUAAAGGAAUUGAGAGAUAGACCCGAAUGGUGUCUUGAUUUGAACUUCAUGAUGGCUUUGUUGCAUACCGGUUACGAAAUGCCAAUUGACAGAGAGGUCAAGAUUGCAAAGAAGCUCAAGGGUAAUGAGCUUGGAUGGUGUCUCGGUGCUAGUCUUCCGUUACUUGAGGCUGGCUCCGGAUGGAAAUGUCGUGUCAAGGAAAUCUCAUAG